CAGGGAACAUAAACAACGCAAGUCCAUCAUCAGAAUGGACCCGGAUUGUGCUAUCUGCCAUGCUCCUGCUAGCCGGGCUUGCGACUGUGAGGCCAAAGGUCUCGAGAUCGCCAUCGAACAAGCCGAAACCAGGAUGAUGCAGUCUGUCUUUACUGAGAUACGAUCUUGGGUCCGAGCACACGCUCAAGACUACAUACUCGAGUAUUUUCGCCUACUCACCGACCGACGCAAAGCUGCACAUACGUCUCAUUUGGAACGUCUAACAGCACACGCGUGGCAUUAUUACAAUGCGCCCCCGCAUCCAAACGAGGUUGCUGCCGCACAAGCGACUCUAAAGCGAGGAAUCGACGAAGAUUGGCAAUCUAGCGUUCAGCGGUACCCUGAGGUGCUCGAAUACUUUUACAGCCUAGUCGAACUAACACUUCCUCCCGACGACGAGCCUGCCGUCAAGGAUCCUCCGUUGAGUGCCUUGAGCGGGUCACGGAAGGGCGGAAGGCGAGGUGGCACAUCGACGGCCACGAUAGCGGGCGAAGCAUUCCACGAGAGAGUGGAACGUAACCCUCUCGCAAGAAGAACGCCGCCGCCGCCGCCUCCACCCAUGGAUCGAAGAACGCCAGGACCGGUUGGCAAUCCAUUGGCCCCGCCCUCACGGCGGCAUAGCUACCGGCCUCCGACUGCACCGCCGCCGAGUACUUAUUUCCAAUACUAAAAGUUGGAUGACAUAGUCAGAGGAAUGGUCAUAUUAUCGUUGAAAAAACGACGACCACGACAGCUUUACGCCCUGGCCAUUGACUCGAGCUCCUUUGUUCUACCUGUACAAUUGGAUCACAGCACCUCAAACAUCUACACCACAAUCUUCUAUUUCUAAUCCGAUGAAACUAAGCACGACCCUAUUCAC